AUGCGAGUAAAGUCUGGUACAAAGGGCUCACGGGAUACCGCUACCGAGGAGCAGCGCAAGGCCUACAGAGACUGUCUGUUUAGGGAGGGGAGCGCGUACCCGGCCGUUCAGCGUGUCUGUUUUGAAUGCAAAGUAGCCAACGGCUGGUUUACCACUCAGGCGGGCCAGUACUUGAAUGGAAUUUUUGAGAAGUGGAAUGAGGAGUUCAAGAAUAAUGCCUCGGUUACUGGAACACCUUGGUUGCUCUUUAGGAAUCGUAUCAAUUGGCACAACUUCAACGACAGAACCCGUGAUGAGAACGCUAGGCUGGUCGCGAUGGAAAAGUAUUGGACCAACCCCGUUCGCGACCUGAAGAUUGGCCGCUACACUCUUAACGGCACAACCUACGGCGGCGAUUCGGAUUGCGACAAGGGCGAGACGGAAGCAUGCCCCAGCGAUAUUGCGGAUGAAUAG